CGCUGGGCGGGCGCAGGCUGCGAGGCCGCCCGAAAGCUCCACCCUUUCUCCGCCUUCCCCUCCCCUCAACUCCGACCGAUGCUCUCGGCCUUCCGCCGCGCGGCCUGGCUCCCUGGGCCUUAGCCUUGACGAUCGGCGGCAGCCCAGUGUCGCGUCGAGCCGAGCCAGGCCAGGCUAGGCCGGCGGUGCUGCUGGGAAGGCAGGCAGCUACCUCCAUCUUGGCCGGAGCGGGCGAAUUCGUCAAGUAGCAAGCCUUCCUUACCUUGGCAGCCGCCGCCAUGAGCGCCGAAGACGAGAUCAUACGCAUCGCGAAGAAAAUGGACAAAAUGGUGCAGAAGAAAAACGCGGUUCAAGUUGGCAGAGGUAGUGUUGCACAUAAGGAAUAUUCAAAACUCAAGAGCAGUUGAGUAAGAUUAGAGAAGAAAAGGCUGGGGCUCUUGACUUACUGAAAGAACUCAAAAAUAUGCCCAUGACUCUGGAAUUACUACAGUCUACAAGAAUUGGAAUGUCAGUGAAUGCAAUACGCAAACAAAGCACAGAUGAAGAAGUUACAUCUUUAGCAAAAUCUCUCAUUAAAUCAUGGAAGAAGUUAUUAGAUGGACCAUCAAAUGAUAAAGACUCUGAAGAUAAGAAAAAAGAAGCAGCAUCGUCAUCACAAAACAGCCCAGAAGCAAGGGAAGAAAGCAGUUCCAGUAGCAAUUCAAGCAACCGGAAAGAAGAAAGUAAUACAGGUUCAGACGCAUUUAUUUCUUCUUUUCCUCGGGCUCCAAUCACAUCUGAUUCUGUAAGAAUGAAAUGCAGAGAAAUGUUGGCAGCAGCUCUCAAAACAGGAGAUGAUUACAUUGCUAUUGGUGCUGAUGAGGAAGAGCUGGGAUCUCAGAUUGAAGAAGCUAUAUUUCAGGAGCUAAAAAACACUGACAUGAAAUACAAAAAUAGGGUGCGCAGCAGGAUAGCAAACCUUAAGGACACAAAAAAUCCUAAUCUAAGGAAAAAUGUUUUAUGUGGAAAUAUAGCUCCUGACAGGUUUGCAAAAAUGACAGCAGAGGAGAUGGCAAGCGAUGAACUGAAAGAGAUGAGAAAAAAUCUUACCAAAGAAGCUAUAAGAGAACAUCAAAUGGCUAAAACAGGAGGAACCCAAACUGAUCUGUUUUCGUGUGGCAAAUGUAAAAAGAAGAAUUGUACUUACACCCAGGUUCAGACACGAAGUGCUGAUGAACCUAUGACAACGUUUGUUGUAUGUAAUGAAUGUGGAAACAGAUGGAAGUUCUGCUAAAAGAAGAAAUUGUUUAAACCUGGACCAGUAUGAAAGAUGAUUUUAUAAUUAGCUUUAAGAACUAGGCCAUGCAUCUAGCUUCCUGCAAAAGCCUUUUUUUUUUUUUGCUUUUCCUUUUAACCAACACCUUUGAAGUCAGAAUCUGUUUUUGACACAUCAGUCCCUGUAGUUAAUAGUCAGUAGAGCCAGGAUGCUCAUGUAUGAUGUAAUUUCUUCCUUUUCGCCCUCAACCCCCAUUUUUAUAAGCAAGUCUACAUUAAACUUUUAUCAAUGA